CCUUUAAAGGCGUAUUUAAAGCCCUGGCUUCAGUUGCAGGAGUAGCGGACAACCUAUGCAACAAAAGCUGCUGCAGAGACGAGCGACCGUCCGACAGCUGAGCGGACAGAAACACGGAGCCAGGGGCUGACACCACCCGGCGAGGUACGACUGCAGGGCUCAACAUUGCAGCCUGGACCAAAACGUCUAUGUCUCAGCGACAUUUAUGAAGCUUUCAAGGCCUUUUGAUUGAUCAGCCAAUCGAUGGGGAUUUUCAGAGGAGCUCCGCCUACCUUCGCUGCCUUCCCUCCUCCUCCUCCUCCCCUCUCCCCCCGCGGCCACUCCACCCCCCCCACCCACCCUGUCAUCCAGGCCUCCAUCCAGCCCUCCAUACACAAAAUGACUCUGGAACUUACUGAAUGGUCUUCUAUAUGGAUUUUUACAGCUUGUAAUAGACAGUAAGAAAAGGAGGGGGAAACCUCAAUGACAAAAAAGCCAUAAAGCGCACGCACACCACACACACACACACACACACACACACACAUACACACACACACACUCACUCACUCAUACACACACAAACACACCCGACGCACACAGAAAGAAGUAAACACUCUUGGAAUGUACCGCACACUCUUCCUGUGAAAAUUCAACUGCUUCCUUUUUAUUUUUCUGGAUUUUCUACAAACCUUUGGAAAGCUGAUUUUGUCUUUUUCUUUUUUUGUGUGUUUUUUUUUUUUUUUCAAAUCUGGGACAAAAGAAAAAGCCGAGAGGAUUAACACGUGUUGAAUUUGAAGCUGCAGUGUUUUGGGAGGACAACCUGCUUUUUGGACGACUUGUUUUGAGGACAACUGAUUGCUGAUUGAGAUUUUUUUUCUUUACAUUAACCUGAUAGAUCUAUAGAUAAUAGAUCAGAUUUUCCUUCAUUUAAGUUACGACCAUAGGCUGCAGUUUGUAGCUUGUAAAGAUUGUAACUGAGUCACUACUAGUUUUUAAGUACUUAUAUAUAUGUAUAUGUAUAAGUGACUUGAUACGAGCAGGGAUUGUUUUUCCUUUGGUAGCCACAGGUAGUUCUCAGAUUUGUCAGCGUGUUAGAGGAGGUGCUCUUGUUCUCUCGUUGCGUGCAUGCCCUCCACCAUGCCUCCCCAGAACACAGAGGCCGACGCUAUGCAGGUUGGAUCUCUGGUGGGCGGGGGUAGCGCCAAAAACACCACGGCAUCAGGCUCGGAUGGGGAAAAAGGGGGAGCAGGAGGCGAGACGGAUGGAUCGGGAGGCAGCGGUGGAGGAGCGGGUGGAGGAGGAGGUCGAGGAGGGGAGGAGUCAGCGAGCGAGGGAUCUGUUGAAGGCAUACCCCUGAAGAGAUGGGUGAUGCACGGGGCCGUGAUGUUCGGGCGGGAGUUCUGCUAUGCCAUGGAGACGGCGCUGGUGACACCCGUACUGCUGCAGAUAGGUCUUCCAGAGCAGUACUACAGCCUGACAUGGUUCCUCAGUCCCGUCCUCGGCCUCAUGUUCAGCCCUCUGAUCGGCUCGGCCAGCGACCGCUGCACUCUGCGAUGGGGCAGGAGGAGACCGUUCAUCCUGGCUCUCUGCAUCGGGACACUGAUAGGAGUGGCGCUGUUUCUGAAUGGAUCGCUGAUAGGUUUGUCGCUGGGUGACGAGCAGGGGAGACAACCAAUAGGUAUAGUUCUCACCGUGCUGGGGGUGGUGGUGUUGGACUUUUGUGCGGACGCUACAGAGGGACCAAUCAGGGCGUACCUGCUAGACGUGGCGGACACGGAGGAACAAGACAUGGCACUUAACAUUCACGCCGCCUCAGCUGGUCUUGGUGGUGCAGUCGGCUACGCCCUCGGAGGUUUAGACUGGACGCACACCUUCCUCGGAGCAGCCUUCAAGUCCCAGGAGCAGAUUCUGUUCUUCUUCGCUGCCGUCCUCUUCACUAUCUCUGUGGUAUUACAUCUCCUUAGUAUUGAGGAGCAGCAGUACUCGCCCCAACAUGACAGGCUGGAUCAGGAGAGUCCAGAUCGCACCAACCCGCAGCCAUCAGCCAAUGGCAGGACUGGACUUGUCGCUCCCAAGCUGGAGUUGAUCGGAGAGGAUGAAACACUGGACAGCUACGACUUGCGUGACCCCUACGGGGAUGACCUGUCAGAGCACGGCGAUCUUGACAUGGACUUCCUAGAGAUGGAGCUUGUGAGAAGUAAAAGUGACAGUGUUCUCGCCAUGGCUGACGCCACUCUCGACCACCUGGACCACGAUGCAUUGUUCCUGUGCCACAUCGAGCCUUCCAUCUUUGCUGACCGCCUCUCGCCCUAUCACGGCUCACCUCCUUUGACCAGUAACUUCUUCAACCAGCAUCGCAGCACUCCGCCACCCCGGUUUGGCAACAUCAGACGCAGCAGCAGCGCGGGCAGCGGGGAUCUGCUCCACAGCAAUAGCCACCAGAUGCACGCUACAAACCCCAGGAUCUCCCGCCUCUCGGCUUUCUUACAGGAAAUGGAAAAUGACGACGGUCAGGAGGCAUUGCUGAACAACCAGCUCAAUGAGCAGCAGACACUGAACGGCCGGCUGUUAGCCAGUGUGACGAAUCCUGAUAGAGAUGGCGCCAACAGGCUGAGCUCUAAAGGACAGGCACAUCGCGCUGGAAUGGUCAAAGCUGCCAGUACUGGAGCACCCAUGCGACAGUCACGUCACCGCCACAUCUUCUACCGCCAGCCGUCCUGCACCUUCUCCUACUACGGUCGAGUGGGAAGCCACCGCUACCGCUACCGCCGUGCCAAUGCCGCUUUCCUCAUCAAGCCGUCUCGCAGCAUGAACGACCUGUAUGAAGUGGAGGCCAGACACAGGAGGAGGCAGAAACAGAGGAACAGACACCGCAGCGGAAACACCAACUCCUCCAGUGGAGACACAGAGAGCGAAGAGGGAGAGGUUGAGACCACCGUGCGGCUGCUGUGGCUCUCCAUGCUGAAGAUGCCCAAGGAGCUGCUGCGACUGUGUGUCUGUCACCUGCUCACCUGGUUCUCCAUCAUCGCUGAGGCUGUCUUCUUCACUGACUUCAUGGGACAAGUCAUCUACCAUGGAGAUCCUACCGCUCCUAUUAACUCAACUUUGUUGGAGGAUUAUCACAAAGGAGUUCAGAUGGGAUGUUGGGGGCUGGUUAUAUAUGCCAUGACUGCUGCCACAUGCUCAGCUAUCCUUCAGAAGUACCUGGACAACUUUGACCUGAGCAUUAAAGUCAUCUACAUCAUGGGGACACUUGCAUUUUCCAUCGGAACUGCUGUCAUGGCAAUCUUCCCUAACGUGUAUGUUGCCAUGGUGAUGAUCAGCAGCAUGGGCAUCAUUUCCAUGAGUAUCUCCUACUGUCCGUAUGCUCUGUUGGGACAGUAUCACGAAAUGAAAGAGUACAUCAGGCACAGUCCUGGUAACUCCCGCAGAGGCUUUGGUAUCGACUGUGCUAUCUUAUCCUGUCAGGUGUACAUCAGUCAGAUCUUGGUGGCCUCGGCUCUGGGUGCUGUUGUGGAGGCUGUUGGCAGUGUCCGUGUCAUUCCCAUGGUGGCCUCUGGGGGCUCCCUUCUCGGAUUCUUUACGGCCUUCUUCCUGGUCAUUUACCCGACUCCAAACGGGGAUGGGGAAUCAGCCAGAGCUUCGGAGAAACGAUCCCUGACAAAGCUGGAAAAUUCCAACAGCAACGAAGUGGCUGUCACCGUGGUGGCAGAAAAACCCAGCUUCCUGAAACUCAACAAGAAGGGCAAGGCCACCACCACCACCACUUCCUGUCACACGGAGAAUGAGUCUGCUCUGUGAUCGGCUGGCUUAAGUCGACAACAACUAAAUUCAAAUUUGAACGCAGAUGGAAAGACAUUUGGAUAUCACCGUCCUCGUGGUGCUGGGGUUUACAGACAAAGAAAGAGGAGGGCGAUUGGCGGUCCACUCUUGAUGUCUGUUUUUUGCAUUGACAGGGUUUUUUUCUGCUUUGCUGUGUCUUGAUUUACUGAAGGAAACACCUCAAUCGGACGAGGGACCAGUGUUAUACCAGACCAACUACAAAAUAAGCAUUCUGGUCCCAGAGCUGUUUCAGCCAUCACAGAAAUUCCUUCCACUUUUCGCCCUCGUGGACAUUUGACUGAUCCAUCAGGGUCGUCCAGAAGUGACUAAUCCAUUAGUCGUGGUUUUAAGGAGAGGUUGUCUCUGUCUCUCAGGGCCUCUAGGAGGUGCUACUGAGCAGCUGCCUGGGCAGGAAACUUCAGGGGACAUGCACGCACACACACACACACCUCUUCAACACAAUCGAAUGAACACAUUAAUAAUGAACGUUGUUGAUGAACAUUAGUCCUCGAAGCUGCAAUCAUUCAAAAAUGCUGAAAAUUGUUCUUCCUCGCUGUGGAAUCAGCCUGAUCGCAUCUUUGCUAAAAUGACGCCGACAAGAUCGUCGAGAGACAUUUUCACCAAAACAAUCCCAACACACUCGGAUUUGCAGGACUUUUACAGCACUCGUCGACAGUAGCUUUAAGACUCUAGAGACUCUUGGAAGUGGCAUUUCUGAAGAGCCCGAAGCCUGGUCACUGGGGGGAAAUGAUUGAUCUUGAGUCCCUGGAUUCAUUGCAAAUGUUUAUUUUUUUCACCCUCCUCCACAUGGCAGGAACGCUGAAGUCUUUAAUUUAGCUUUUAAGUUGACAAUAGGCUCUGCUCAGAAGUUGUAUGUACAUUAAGGGUCAAGAAUACAGAUGUGUAUUGAGUGAAAUUCCAGGCAAGAAAGAGCGCAGAUGCAAUAUGUGCAGUAUACAGGGCAUUACAAUCCCAAAUAUUAUUUUCAUGAUUUAUCGAGGGCCCAGAAUGAUGCUUCUGUUUGUUUGGAAUAAUCUAAACUAACCUACAUGCUGCAUGUUAGAGGAGCAGAGACAAACCAAACACCAGAGAAGAAGAGAGAGGAGGAGUUGUUCUCUUUCACUCUCAACUUUCUCACUUAUUAUUUUAUUUUUUUAGAAAAUGCUGUUAGCACAAUGUUUGUCACUAACUGCACAUUAGCUGAGCCAUUGUCAAAUAGCAUUAAGUUAGAAAAGUUUUGAAAUGAGGAUGAUCAGAAGAUGUCGAAUUCGGAUGGAGCUUCCUGACACUCCUCUGGUCCAGUGGGUCCAGUAACUCUACUUGUAAUCAUCAGAGUCUGGAAUGGGACGCAAGAAUAUUAGAAUGGUUAAUGGAUAUAUUUAAAGAAGAGUUUUAUAACGUGAGAAAGACAGAGUGAUGAAAACUAUUAACCUUUAUAACAGGCUUAGGCUUGUUGCUUUAGCCUCGAUGGAGGAUUUCCACUCCUGGUUUAGAUGUCUUGGUUCCACCAUACUAGGCCAAAUAUAAGUGUGAUAUUGUAAUUUCAAUGUUCAUUACAUCUGAGUGUUGUAUGCUGAAUGGAUAUUUAGAAUAGAGGAGGAUAGAGGGAUAAAAGGAGGACUGGAGAAAUGUAUUCACUUUAAAAUAGAUACAAAUAUUUAGUACGUAUUUCCUGAAAUGUCAUAGUAGUCUUUAAAAUGCUUGAACCCAAGCAAACGUUGGAUUUUUACAAAUUUGGAAAUGCAUGUCUUAACUUAAUCCAAUCUGUGGAUCAUGGGUGAGAAAAAAAACUGGAGGCAGACUUUUCCCAGAGUCCUUGCAGAUGUCAAAAUCAAACUUAAAGUCUUGAAAACCACAACUUUAUAGAAAGCCAACAUGGAAAAUUAAACCACAUCUCCUGAAAAAGAUAGAAAAUACUCAGAAUAAUUCAUCAAAUGACCUAAAAAAAAAAAAAAGUUAAUCAAGGCAAGAAGCAGCAACAACGAUGGUGGAGGAGGAAGUGAAACUGUUGAGUUUAGCUUUACUUCAACCUUAUUAACAUUUAAACACAGAUGAAGUACUUAAAUGCAAAUUGUAUAAGUUAAACCUUUACUAAUACAGAAUGAUGCUGAGUAUAGACUGAUAAGGUAAAAUAAUCUUGGAAUGUUUUAAUAGCUGAUUAUGCUGGACAUGUUUAGAAAAACUUGUAGUUAGAAAGAUGAAAUGAAAAAUUUAAAAGUUUAUCGUGUCUUCUGUUUUUGGACAAAUCAGAUUUUUCGUUGCAAUAAUGGGCUCCGUUAAGGUUUGCAGGGUUGUGUGUGGUGGCGAUUUGGGUCGGUUUUCCUUUCACCUCAAUCAGCUGAAACAUGCAAACUGAAAGGAAUUGAAAUGUAAAUGGCAGUGAAUUAAUUUACUGGUGAAAGAACAUUUAAUUUUAGUGUGUAUCGGAGCAUUUAGCAGAGAAGAUUGUUUUAAUUUUUGGUUUUUAGAAGAGGUUUCACUGAUGAUGUGGUUGUUUUUCACUUAGAUGGGUGUCGGUGCAGAGUUUAACCCUGUUUUUAACAGAAUAGAUUCCUUCCAUAAUUUCAGGUACAUUCAGUCAGACUCAGAGCAGAGUAGAGUAGAGAGUAUUUAGCUUCCUGGGUUGAUCCUGCUCUGGCUGUGGUGCUGGGACGAAAAAAAAAAAGCAGGGAUGGGACGAUGACGAAAGACGAGGAGGUACAGAUGCCAGAGUUUUGAAUGGCUUCUGAAACCACUAGGGCAAUAAAACAUUCUGGAUUGAAUAAUGGACACGCAACUUCAGUUUAAUGACAAACAUAAAGAUUAAAACAAAAAAGCAAAAAAAAAAAAACAA